AUGAUUUCCACGAGGGUGAUGGACUUUAAGCUUCGGGAGGCCGCUGAAGGCCUUGGGGAAGACAGUUCAGGAAAGAAAAAAUCCAAAUUCAAAACAUUUAAGAAGUUCUUCGGGAAGAAGAAGAGGAAGGAAUCACCUUCGUCCACAGGAAGUAGCACCUGGAAGCAAAGUCAGGCGAAGGAUGAGGUCGUCGCCAUGGAGUCAAGGGCAGUGGGCUAUGACUCAGAGGAUGAGCUAGAGGAGUCAAGGGGUGCUUUGGGUGGCCGGGCCCUCUCACACGACAGUAUUUUCAUUCCCGAGUCGGGACAGGACCCUACACGGCCUGUGCGGGUGUUUUCCCAAGAAAACGUUUGUGACCGGAUUAAGGCUCUGCAGUUAAAAAUACAGUGUAAUGUGAAAAUGGGACCACCACCUCCAGGCGGCCUUCCUGCCAAGCGGGGAGAUGACGCCGGCAUGAGUUCUGAAGACGACGGUCUGCCCAGGAGCCCCCCAGAGAUGUGCCUGCUGCACGAUACCGGUCCCGGUACAGCCAUAAAGGCAAACCAGCUCUCUUCCAGCCACCUGAGCAACACGCCCGUCAUCAGCGUGGACAGCAGCAUGGCGCCCAUGGCCGAUUUCGAUUAUCCCCCAGAAUUCUCUUCAUGCCUGGACAACUCUGCAGCUAAACACAAGCUCCUGGUUAAGCCCCGCAACCAGCGGUCAAGCAAAAUGAGGCGAUUGUCUUCGCGGGCACAGUCCGAGUCCCUGAGCGACCUGACCUGCACCCUGGAAGAGGAGCAGCACGAUGAGAAGCCAUUACCAGCAGUCAGCUCGGCAGAUGAGCCCAGUGCUGGACAGCAGGACGGGGUCCUGGACCGAGGCCCUGAGCCUGGGAGACCGGCUACCAUGCUGCCACCAGGGGGCGCCCAUGCGAGACGGGCACGCCUGCAGCACUCCCCAGCGCUCAGAGCCAGUGUGGAGGAGGAGGGGGAGAGCUCCCCUGGGGACAAUCCCUCAAGCCGCCCAGCCACCCCAGAGGUCAUUGAGCCCAGGUCAGGCCCGGCCUCCUGCUUGGAGUCACCAUUUGUGCCAGAAGGCUCCCCUGAUCCCAACAGCGAAAACCGGAGGGAGGAGCUGUUCCUCACAAGCACAUAUCCCGCAGCCAGGGACACAGCUGAAGAGGUGGUCUGUGCUCCUGGAGAUGAUGAGAGUCGGUUAUCUCCCCACAUCCCUGAGGAAGACACGACACUUCCUGGGACCAGCCCUGCUACCCCCGUGGAGGUUCCUUCUGGGCCAGGCAGGCCAGACCGCAAUGUGCAGGAGGCGGAGCUGAUGCUGGCAGUGCCCCCUUUCGAGAGAGCAGGGACAGAGUGUUCUGAGGCCCCAGCCCCAAGCCCCCCAGUCCCCAAGAGCUGCUUAAAACAUAAGGCCCAGGGGGCCAGCAGGAGCCUCAGCGUGUCCCUCACCCCACCCGCCUCAGAGUCACCUCCAGAGGAGCCCACUCUCUGUGCCCUGGACAAGGAAGCCACCCCCUUGGGAUCCCCCAGAGCUGAACUGGCCAAGUCUCCGCAAGGAGGACCCAAGAGGGUGGCACAAGAGCCGAAAAUCAGGAGAGGAGGUGGGGAGCCUCAGAGCAUGAAGAAGUUCUCGGUGUCCUCGGGCCGGGUAUGGCCACACACAGGCCACAGAGAACAUCUGGGGCACUCUGGCCCCGUGGGCCCCGCCACUGUCCCCUCCGCUGUCCGGCUGCCCCUACUGAGGAGCACCCUGGCCUGGAGGAGCGAGGCUGCUCUCGAUGACCUCCAGGCACCUCCUGAGCCCCAGAUUCAAAAAUUGGGCCCUCAGGAGCCACCAUCACCAGCUGAGUGCAGCUCCCAAGACACAGGAGACAUGGUGGCCAGCCAGGCUGGGCUGGGCCAGAGCCCCCAGGAUGUGGUGACCACGCCAGCCACAAGAGACCCCUGCCCCACUGCUCAGGAGCUGCCCGCGUGUGGGGACAGAAGCACCUUCCCCAUCAAGCUCCGAUCCACAUCUCUCUCUCUCAAACACAGAGAUGUGUCCUUGCCGGAAGUGAAAGGAAUCAAGAGAUACAGUGCUGAGGUCAGGCUGGAAAAGGGAGGCCUGACUCUGCUCUCAAAGGAGGACAAGAGUCACAUGGGAACGGCCCCCCCUACUCGGGGGACCAGGUCCCCAAAUGGCCAGGGAAAGGGGCGGGCUCGGCCAUCAGAGCAGCUGGGGUCCAAGCCGCCCCUGCCCAGGAAGCCACUUCUGCAGAACUUCACUCUCCCAUCCCCACCCGCAUCACCUGAUAUUGGAGAUGUCAGCCCUGGAGAGCUGGACAAGCCUGCACUGCCCCCGGACCCCAGAAAGGAGAGAAGGUCGCCCCACAGGGGAACUGAGAAGUGUCUGCCUCCCUCAGCAACAGGGCCUGGAGCCGAGGGCCAGCCUGGGCCACCCUGGAUCACCAUCACUCGGCAGAAGCUGCGGGGGGCCCUGGAGCAGCCACCUGACCGGGAGGACAAGCCUGGAGCCCAGACACUGAAGUCUGAAACUGGGAAACAAGCCAGGGCGCCUGAGAGAGCCCAGGAGCCUAUGAAGCAAGCCGACUUUGUCCGCAGCAAGUCUUUCCUGAUAGCCCCGGCUAAGCCCACCAUGAUCAGGAGGCAGGGGACAAAGCCCCGCCUCCAGGAGGGACUGCAAAGAGGGAUCUCCUUGUCCCACCAGAACUUGGCUCAGUCUUCAGUGAUGACGGAGAAAGAAUUGCAUCAGCUGAAGAGAGCCAGUUAUGCCAGCUCAGAUCAGCCAUCCUGGAUGGAACUUGCCAGAAAGAAAUCUCAAGCUUGGAGUGACAUGCCCCAAAUUAUAAAAUAG